CCACGAAGUAUAGUGAAACUGAUUAUUUCCUAUUUAUGAACUAGCUAACAUACAUUGUAUUUGUAUUAGUGAACUCGUAAAAACAAUCCCGAUGACAAUUAUAGUGAAACUGACUAUUACUGCAUGGAACGGAAUUGAGACAGCUAGCUCGUGAACCAGAGACUUGAAUUUGAGAUGUCGGCCAGACUUAGCAGAAACUACAUUAAAAAAAACUUAAUGAUCGAUCCAGAGAGAUUAAUUAAGUAGCUACUCUCUCAGUCACUCUAUAGUCGGUAAUCCAUUAAACGUGUAUGCGUGACACCUGGCAUCAUAAUUAGGAGUGUACGGGUCGGGUGGUUCGGGUUUAGCUAUUUUAAUCACUCGACCCAUACACUACGGUUUGAGAAAUAUUAAACCCAAACCCACCCAAAAAAAUUUAAACCCUACGGUUUGUUUCUAAUUGGGUUGGGUCGGGUUGGCGAUAUUUUUAAGUAAAAACCCAACCCAACCCAUAAUAUGUAAUUAUUUUACACCAUAAAAAUAUUUUAUAACUAAUUAAAAUUUCAAACGAAUAAAUCGAGGUGAAAGGUAUCAAAAUUCACAAAUGUUGUUUGAAUUUUAAUAAAAUGUGAUUUACUCCAACAUAUGGCUAGUUUUUUUUUUCACAACAUUUGUUGAAAUAUGCUAAAAAAAAUAUAAAUGAACGCAUCUAUAAUAUGUUAUUCUAUUAAAAUUGUACACAAGAAAAAUGAUCACGUGAAUCAUAACUAUAUUAAAUUUAUGUCUAAACUUAAAGCCAAAGAAUGCAUUAGAUUAGUGUGACCAUGAGAGAAAAAAUGACGAAAUAUCUUAAUUUUCUCAUAAGUAUGGCUAUAUACGACUUAAAUAUUUUUUUGGAUACGAACUCAUACCAAUAGUUGGAGCACGGGUUGGGUUCUACGGGUUGUGCAAUCCAAAAUCCAAACCCAAUCCAAAAUAGGCGGAUUGUACAAAAUAAAACACUCACCCAACCCAAAACCUUUGUUUUAGCGAUACAUACGGGUGAGUUGGAUCGGGUUGGACGGAUGGAUCGGUUUCCAGGUGUGUUUGUUCACCCCUAAUCAUAAUUACCCGCUAAACUUUCAUUUUGAAGGAGAAAGGCUCGAUUUCCGCCACGCGUACGAGUAGCCUCAGCUAUAUUAACUUCUUAUGUGAAUUAACAACUUAAGUAAGUCAGAAUGGUCGUUCCGCGGGAGAGUGGGUAUGGGGUGUGGGCUAUAGUAAGUUGUACUAGUUGGAAAAAAUAAAAGUACAUUAUCAGGUAAAUGUGUAGGUUUGGAUUCAAAAGAUAGCUGGUUUAAACGUUGAUAACAGUUAUUUCUGUGUUGUUUUUUUAAUGACUAUCGACAAAGUUGUGUGCGGACUAUCAACAAAAGAUCGCUAGUUUAAACGUUGAUAACAGUUAUUGCUUCCACCCAUCAUGAGGCUGUUGGGGGCAAGGAGUUAUAUGCAUGUGGGAUGGAGCUGUCCGGAGUGGUUCCCACUCGGCGGGAGGUCUGGUCCUCCUCACCCCGGAUCGGGAGGUUCUGUUGGUGAAGGGGGUGCAGUUUCCAUGGAUUGAGGACCCCUUGAUGGUGGAAUUAGUCACACUGCGGGAAGCUGUUCUGUGGUGUCAGUCGUUCGGUUGGGCGGACAUUACCUUUGAAGGGGAUGCGAAGAUUAUCAUUGAUAAAAUCAAUCUCAGAGAGGCUCGGGAUAGUCCCUUGGGUGCUGUGCUAGAUGAGCUCAUUCAGAUUUUUGCCGGUAAUCCUGGGUUUAGUGUUAGAUUUGUAGGUCGGCGUAGCAAUAGGGUAGCCCAUUUGGUGGCUCGUAAAGCCCUCUCUUUGUUCCCGACUAUGGGUCUUUCUUUUGAUUUCCGGGCCUGGCUGGUGUCCAGGAUAUAACUAUUUUUUCUUGAUCAAUAUAUGAUUAUCUUUUGUAAAAAAAAUAAAAAAAUAUAACAGUUAUUGCUUCCAUGAAUUCAUCGAGUCGUCACAGAGAUGGAAGUUCGACGGAAUUUCAUCUUAACAAAACACAAAGUACACCACAUUUGAGCUACCAUAAAAAGAGGUUUUACUAAGAAAUUUUCUAUCAUUAACAACUCAUAAUCUUUUUUUUUUAUACCCAGGAACCUCAGCACCACGUGCCACUUUGUAACAGCGGGUCCUACUAAAUCUGGGGACCACCUGCAUUUAAUUUGACGCCAACGGGGCUUCGAUCCCAGCAGUCUUGUACCUCCGGAAACACCAACGGGCCUCACUUCGAUUCGAACCUGGGAUCUACAACUCCCAAUCCUUCACUGUUGCGGCAGCUUUACCAUUAGGCUAUCUUAGGGAACAAGAUAAUCAUGAAAAUCAAUUCCAAAUAUCAACCAGAAUAUUUAUUUAUCAACAAGUCACUCUCAAGCAAAGCGGUACUUACGAAAUAAUCACCACCACGUGUUACCACAAAAUUGGGUCUCUUCAUAAUUAAACUAUCAAUCGAGG